AUGGCCACCGUUAAUAUCCGAAGCGAUAUCAAGGACCCUUUUUACCGCUACAAGAUGGAGAGACUUCAGUCCAAAAUCGAAGGCAAAGGUAAUGGAAUAAAGACAGUAAUCGUCAACCUUAGUAGUGUUGCAUCUUCACUUGCUCGCCCUGGAGCAUAUGUGAUAAAGUACUUUGGUUUUGAACUUGGUGCUCAGACAAAUUCAAAUCCUGCCGAUGAUCGAUGGAUCAUCAAUGGUGCCCACGAAGCCUCAAAACUUCAAGAUUACUUAGACGGAUUCAUCAAUAAGUUCGUUCUGUGUAAAAAAUGCAAAAACCCAGAGACCGAUGUUAUAAUUAAAGAUGGUCACAUAGUUCUGGAUUGUAAAGCUUGCGGUCAACGAUCUGAUGUGGACCUUCGACUGAAAUUAAGUGGGUUCAUACUUAAGAACCAGCCAAAAAAGGGAAAGAAAGACAAAUCAGAAAAAAAGGCAGCCCGUAAAGCUAGACAAAACGGAAGUAAUGAGGCAGAUGAUAAAGAUAAUGGUAGUGGUAGUGAUCAGAAUUCUGAGAUAAGAUUGAACGAGAAUGGAGACAAUUCGGUUCAAGCAGCUAGCGACGAUGAGUUUAUUCGAAGAGGAAAAUCUGGUAACGAUGAAUUGGAAGACGAUGACAAAGAUAACGAAUGGACUGUUGACAUGUCGGCUGAAGCUGUGCGAGCUCGUCAACAACAAUUAUCUGAUGAUCUGAAGCAAAAGCUAGUAUUAGCCGGUAAUGAUGAAGAUGAAGAUGGCGAAGGUGGCGGAAACUCAAUUUAUGACCAACUCGGGAAUUGGAUUACCAAUGAAGCCGAGGAAAAAGGUGGCGUCAGUAAGGUUUCUGAUGUUUCUGUUUAUUUGAAAGCCAAGGAGCUCGGCAUAGAAAACAAACAUCGGACACUACUUGUUUUGGUUCAAACUAUUUUCGACGAUGACAUUAUCAAGCAAAUACCUCAGCGUGCAGCCAUGCUCAAAAAUAUGAUAACUUCUGAAAAACACCAAAGAGCGUUCUUGGGAGGAGUUGAAAGGUUUAUAGGUCUAAGGGGUCAAAAUAACCCUACAUUCUAUGAUGAAACACCUAAAAUUCUAUUGGUAUUAUACAACGAGGACAUUCUUCCAGAGGAGGUUAUCACUAAAUGGGGGACUAAAGCCAGUAAAAAGUAUAUCGAUCUGCCAACUAGCAAAAGGGUUAGGAGAUCGGCUGAGGUUUUCUUGACUUGGCUCGCUGAAGCAGAGAGUGAUGAAGAUUCUGAAUAG